AUGACAACAGGCAAAAAAGCGAUUCCUCCAUGGAAAGAGCACGUUGACCUCGGCAGACUCCUGAACGAGGGCGCAGGCAAGUUCUUAGAAGAAUACGUUCAUUUAUCCGCCGACGAGCUAGAGAACCAUGUCAGAGACAUAGCGAACCAGGGAUGGAGCAUCAAAGCGUACCCCUGCUUUGCCAAGUUCCUCUUCCUGCAAUUCGACCUCACGCACUCGCCCGCCUACGAGGCCAUCAUCCGCCACACCCAGGCCGGGGGCCUAUUCCUCGACCUCGGCUGCGGCCUCGGGCAGGAUAUCAGGCGUCUGGCCUAUGACGGCGCUCCGGGAGACCGACUGAUCGGGCUGGAUUUGGUCCCCGAGUUCGUGUAUCUAGGCUAUCAGCUCUUCCGGGACGAUGCGACGCUGCAGUCCCGGUUCCUGGUCCAGGAUUUCUUCGAGGAUACCCCCAGCAUGAGGCUCUUCGCGAAGAAAAUCAUGGCCAUCAACUCCGGGUUCUUCAUGCACCUGUGGAGCUGGAAGAAGCAGCUGCAGGCUGCGGAGCGGAUGAUCCAGUUGUUGGCGCCGGAAAAGGGCGCCAUCGUCUCGGGCAUUCAUUUUGGGAGCCAUGCCCCCGGAGUCUGGGACGGUGCCAUUGAUGGCUUCGAGGACAUGUUCCUACACGCCCCCGAAACCUUGGCCAGGCUGUGGGAGGAGGCUGCCGCUGAGACAGGUUCCAGGCUGAAGGUGAUAUGUGUUGUAGAGGAGGCGGACUUUUGUAAGAGUCUGGAUCGGGAGGGUUGUCUGCUGCGCUGGGUUGUUGAGCGGCUGUGAUUGUUUCUCUGAUUGUGUGGGUUGUGGCUUGGUUUUGAGGUUGAGGGGCUACAAGACCGUGCCCCUCUGGCAUUGGUUUCACUUAAGUCUUGGGACCGGAUCAGUGCUCAUGGCUGUGUGAAAUGCUUCAUGUUUUGUAUAUGACCACUGCAACUCGUGCUCAUGGUGGUCGACACCAGGCUGCGAUAGGGAUUCAUUAUAGUUUGAGCCAAGGAAGUCAUUGAGCGCAUCUAGAAGCUGAAGCUAGAGAAAUACAUAUUCUGAUGUAAAAUUG